CCAGACUGGACCGCCGUGCUGAUCUCGGAUCGAGUCAUGGCAGCUCCAGGCCCGACCCGAGGCUCACCAGCCGAAGCUCUCCCACGCAGUCAUGGCCAGCUCCAUGAAGCUCCGCGUGAGGCUUUCGGAGGACACGAAGCAGUGCUUCGAUGACCAGGGCAUCAGCAUCGCUUGGGACAGCCAGGAGCUGCUCACCAUCACCUGCCAAGGGGGCCGGGAGCCUCCGCUGACCGUCGAGGGGGUGGCCGACUGGAUCGAGAUACGGGUCGAGGGCAUGUACGAGAGGCAGACGGGGGGUGAGGACAAGGCGCAGGUGCGGGCCCGCUCGAUCAGGAAGCACGGGGCUCCAGAGGAGCUCCCCUGGGAAGACGACGCCAGUCGGCAUCUCAGCGACGGCGACACGAUCGUCGCGGACUUGACGGCUCUCACAGACUCAGUGGCCAGGAGAACGCAGGCACGGCCCCGCCUCACCGAGAGCGACCUGGAUGAGAUCAGGAAGGCUCUGCGGUUCGACCUGAACGACCGGGUCCUGUGCUUCUGUGGGCCCCGAUGGCUCUCUGGCCACGUCGUCGGUUCGGCCGUGCCCGAUGGGGACAGGCUGCUCCCGUAUUUGGUCAAGACGGACCACCUUCCGGGGCUGCCCAGCAAGACCAUAUCCGUGCCGAGCGACCGGGACGGCGUCUGCACCCAGGAGGUCUGCUUCGAUCCGGUGUCGGAGCUGCACCUGGUGAAGGCGGCCGCCACGCUCCUGACGGGCCUGCAGAGGCCGAGGCUACGCUUCGCUGCCCAGGACAGGGUGGCCUGCCGAUUGAAGAAUGAUCCCAAGGACGGUCUAGAGAGGUGGGCCGUCGGGACAGUUUCGUGCAUUUGGCCGCAGCUUCCCGGGGAGCUGAAGUGGGAGACAGGUGGCGUCGUGGGAGAGUUUCCAAGCGCCGUCGCCUACAGAGUUGAUCUUAGCGCGGGCGGAUGGGUGUAUUGCCACAGGGACCACCACACUCUGAUCCGUAGGGAUGGCAUGCAGCCGCAGACGAGGGUGAAGGGCAUUAGCAAGCGGAUGGAGGUGAGGAGAGCCAAGGACGGCAGCAAGGAGCAAGUUGACCACCAGACUGAGCGCAGCAAGCGAAUGCUAGACAGCGACUCCGACGGAGAUCUUUGAUACCUAUCGACUCGUGCAGUUUUUUCUCAUGGCAUAUAUGGAAUCGAGGGGUGUUUCCUUUGAGCCGGGGAGCUUCGCGCAGCUCGGCCUUUUGACCAUCUUGCCGCUGGCUUGCGCACUUGCGCUGCGAGUCUUUUUCCUUCUGAUGGAUCUCCUCAGUGAAGGCUUUCAGAAGCAUGUUCAGACAGAUUCGGCAGAUGUUCAAUUCCCAGUGUAUGAGCUGAGGGUGUGACUCUUUCAAAAAUGCAUUGAGAAGCACGCGAAUCGUCGAGCGGACCUGGUUCGGAUGCAGGAUCGUUGCAUUGGGACUGUCAGGCCCACUCGCCUUCGUCAUUCGGUGCUGGAUCCGCCUCCGUAAUUAGCCAGCUUGGCUCAAGCCUUGUUUACCCAGCCUUGUUUCAUACAUGUAUUCCUCCCACUCCGGGGUACCCAGCAUCAUGUUCAAACAUGUAUUCGGCUGUGGUGUCCCACCAAAACUGUUUUGCCAUGCAUCCUCCGACGCUCAUUGAGUCGGGGCUUGAUUUUCAGUCUUUGUGCGAAAUCACAGCCGAUGGUUUGAACAAGCUCGGCAUGCCAUCUUUGAUUCGGUCUUCGAUUCGUUCAUGAGCAAACUUCUGAGCCUGACCGCAAUGUGUAAUCGGCGAUGGCGUCUCGCCAGAACGGUCUUGCUGUUUAUAGUCCGACACUCAUUGAGGCAGGGCUUGAUUUGUAGUCUUUGUGUGAAAGUGCUGCUGAUGAUUGGGGCAAUCUCGGCAUACCACCCUCGGUUCAGACUGAUCUACUGCUUUUCAUUCAUGGGCACGCUUGUGAGCCUGACAGAAUUGAUCAGGCCAUCGUGUUUGAAGGGUGAAGAGGUUGCGCCAUUGCCUGCGCAACAGUCGACGCUGGCAUGGACACACGUUCAAGACCCUGUGCCGAGUCGGCGCGCCACCUCCGUGGCACUAUCGGGCAACGCCGGCAGCAGGAGACGUAUCACAAGUGAGAGAAGGCCAGCAGCGUGUUGUCUCGUGUGACACGUACUACACAUACCAGGGCCACCAGUGUAUCUUCCAACCAUCCUGUGGUGCUGGAUCUUCGUUUUGAAGAGACAGCGCCCCGCGUCACCAAAAUUCACCCCCGCUGCCCUCUCCCCCUCCUC